UCUGACUCGAUCGAUUUAAAAGAUGGAAACAGGAAGAAAAACCACGAGAACAAACGACAAGACUCUGUGGUGAUGGACGAAGCUCAAACCUUCAGCAGGUCAAAGGUCGGGUUCACGAGUGAGACUCAUCGUUCCAAAACAUCUCUGAAGUCUUUUUAUCCACAGACGAGCGAGGACGUCUGCUCAGAAUGUCCUACAGGAGGACAACUCUGGAGACGCAAGGCAAAGAAAACGGGAUCAUGGCGGGAAAUAAACUCCCACGAUCCAACGCGGUCAACAUUAAGGACAAGAUCUCACUUUGGGAAGGAAAGGACUCGUCUGUAAACUUUAACGUGACUCGGAGAAGUUCACUGACCAAAAACGCCGCUACGGAAACGGCUAACGUGAACGAAACGGCGGGACAAAAUGGAGGGACGGAUAUAAAGACUACGGGACCUGCAGAUUCAAAGACGGACGAAACAAACAAAACUAAAAAUCAAACUGAAAUGAUAAAGAACAGGUUGACGGAGCAAAACGGAACGGAAGGAAAGGAAAAUUUAAAAUCGAAUUCUCCGGUUACGGUUGAGAAGCAACAAUCUGGAAGUCUGAAAAGAAAUAAACAGUCGGGAAACCACGAACGUAAAGCCGUUUUUAGCCUUUUUAAGAAACUAGAAGCAAUGGAAGAUCGUCAAAACAAAACUACAACCGAACUCGGGAACUACUUCAGCCCCGAAACCAAAACCAAGCACGAAGAAGUGAAGAAAAAGGAUUUUACCGCGCAAAAAAACACGACGAAAACGACAUCGCCGCGGUGUGUUUACGACGCCCGAGGAUCCCCGCCCAUCAACCCGGUGCCCAAACCCCGACGGACCUUCCAGCACCCGUCCCACAGCAGGACGCUCCCACGGGGACUGAGACACCUGCCGCCCCUGCCGUCCCAGAAUGCACCUGUGUCCUCCAAGCCACCGACAGGCGUGUACAGGACGAGGGCGGACGUGAGGAAGUCAUUUGAACUGGAGGACACUGUGGGGUCUACGAAGUCCCUGUUCCCUCGGUCAUUGUCUCAGGAGCAUCACUAUGAAGACGUAUUAGACAAAGAAAACCCAUAUGAGGACAUAGAGCUGGAGAGUUCAUGCUCCCAACAGUCACUGCCUUCUUCUCCUGGAGCGGACAACAACAAGGCGCUAAGACCCGGUUUCUUCAGACAGAACUCGGGGCGGAGCUUUAAGUUGCUGGAUUUGCGUAAAGCUCAACAGUCCGUGAGCAGCAGCAGCAGCAGCAGAGUGUCGUCGCCCCCUCAGCUCAGCCCCCCCUCCACCCCCAGGACCCCCGACCGAAACUCAUGGACCAACAGCGACGCCCCGAACAACCGCACCUGCCAGAGGAUCCCCACAGUUGUGCUGAGGAUCAACAGUAUCUUCGAGGCUCGAAUUGGUAAAAAGCAUUUAAGACGGAUCUACCAUUACGCCGAGAGCAGCUCCGGCAGAGUUACAGAUGACAGCACGUCCGAGAGCGAGUUUGAAGAAAGAGGCAAAGCUCAUCGGCAGCGUCUCGUGUCGGACAAGUCCAUCCUGAGUCGUCCCAACCAGACUCGGUCCAGACUCGGGCCCGGCCUCAGGAGCAGCUCGGCCGAACUCCAGCGUCGACUGUUUGAAUGUUUCGUCGUCGUCUCGCUGCAGAAGUCGAAAGCCAGCGGUGUUUAUCAGCCGGAGGUCACGCAGCAGUUUCCCCCAAAGCUGGAGCAAAGUUUCAAACUCACUAAAGAAACGGAAAACCAGCUCCGGAGCAUCCCUCUCUUCUGUUUCCCCGACGCCAAAGACUGGGAGCCCGUGGACCAUUAUCCGAGCGAAAUGUUCUCGUUCGUUUUGACUGGAAUCGACGGAGGCAGGAGGUUCGGAUACUGCCGCAGAUUACUGCCCAGUGGAAAAGGCCGACGUUUACCUGAGGUUUACUGCAUCAUCAGUCACCUGGGCUGCUUCAACCUGUUUUCAAAGGUGCUGGACGAGGUGGAGAGGAGGAGGGCCUUGUCUCCGGCUCUGGUGCAGCCCUUCAUGAGAGCCAUCAUGGAGGCACAGUUUCCUGCUCCGGGGAAAACCAUCACCAUCAGGACCUUCCUCCCCGGCUCCGGCACAGAGGUGAUGGAGCUGUGUCGUCCGUCUGACUCUCGCCUGGAGCACGUCGACUUCGAGUGUUUGUUCUCGUCUCUGAGUCUGAGGCAGCUGCUCGGCGUCUUCAGCUCGUUACUCCUGGAGCGACGCGUCAUCUUCACCGCCGACAAACUCAGCUCUCUGUCUCAGUGUUGUCACGCAGUACUCGCUCUGCUGUAUCCGUUUGUCUGGCAGCACACGUACGUCCCCGUCCUCCCGUCCGACAUGCUGGACAUCGUGUGCACCCCGACGCCCUUCUUCGUGGGCCUCCUGUCCAGCUCCCUGCCCCACCUCACUGAACUGCCCCUAGAGGAGGUUUUAGUCGUUGAUCUCGGGAGCAGACGGUUUCUUCGACAGUUGGACGAUGAAGACUCUAUUCUCCCGUGCAAACUUCAGUCAGCUCUGGAAAACGUCCUGGAGAGAAGACGAGAGCUGGCGAGCGAGAGAGGAGGGCCGGUCGCAAACGACUCCGACCAUCUGAGCACGGUCGUCUCCGAGGCCUUCGUGCGCUUCUUCGUGGAGCUGGUGGGACAUUACCCGCUCUUCGUCACAGGAGAGAGGGAGGACGGUUACUCCUCCUCUUCCUCCUCCCCGGGCUCCUGCAGCUUCCAGAGGGACCCUUUCCGGAAAGCCAUCCCCUCCAAGAGCAUCCGGCGCUUCCUGGAGGUCUUCAUGGAGACGCAGAUGUUUGGGUGGUUUGUCCAGGAGAGGGAGCGCCACACACAGGCCCUGAGAGGUCUGUUUGAAGUCCGAGUCAGCGAGUAUCUCCUGACCAUCCACGACAACGACCAGCGACGCGUCAACAGGUUCCUCAAAGGACUGGGAAACAAAAUGAAGUUUCUGUCCAAGAAGUAGCCUCGUCUGUGACAUAACAGAGCCGUCUGUGUUUGGACUGUGGCCCUGAGGAGGCUGCAGUGACCACACACGGCCUGUAGGGGGCAGUAGUUCCUCUUCUCUAAGCCCCGCUGCAUUUUCCCGCUUCUUUUCAGUGACAUCAGAGUUUGAGUAAACAGAUUCAGCCUCUGCUCACUGUGGUCUGCUCCUUUGGCAACGCAUUUGAAUAAAAGUACAGAGUGUUUUAAAGUGUUUAGUUUAAGACGACGUCUGAGUGAACACGUCCCCACAAACCACACGUUUAUAAUUUAAACUUUACCUUUAACAGCGUCUGUUACACAGACCUGAUAUGGCACAAGAGCCAAACACUGACCUGGAUUUACCUGAGACUCAGGCCGAGGAUCAGGUUCACACAACUGGGACUAAAGCAGGACUGAACCUGGACUAAACCUGGACUAAAGCAGGACUAAAGCAGGACUAAACCUGGACUGAACCAGGACUGAACCAGGACUAAAGCAGGACUAAAGAAGGACUAAACCUGGACUGAACCAGGACUGAACCAGGACUGAACCAGGACUGAACCAGGACUGAACCAGGACUAAACCUGGACUAAAGCAGGACUAAAGAAGGACUGAACCAGGACUAAAGCAGGACUAAAGAAGGACUAAAGCAGGACUAAAGCAGGACUAAAGAAGGACUAAAGCAGGACUGAACCUGGACUAAACCAGGACUAAAGCAGGACUAAAGCAGGACUAAAGAAGGACUAAACCUGGACUGAACCAGGACUGAACCAGGACUAAACCUGGACUAAAGCAGGACUAAAGAAGGACUAAACCAGGACUAAAGCAGAAGAACUAAACCAAGCUGUAAAUGCAGCCCUAGACUUAAAGGUACACUGUGUAACUUUUCUGAUCAGCUGUAUCUUCGCCUGGAAUGUUCCACAGUGUGGCAUUAAACUUAUCCAUCUUGCAUUUAUUCAGUUACAUGUGUUUGUGUUGUUUACUUGCUGUGAACAGGGGACGCCUCUCCACAGAUCUGAAUAUGUCCUUAAAUAAAGUACAGAUACAUAAAAUGUGUACUUCAGUAUAGUACUUUACUACUUUUACUCUGUUACUCUCCACCACUGACAA